AUAUAUUAGCAUAUAUAUAUAUCUGAAACAUUAUUAUUCUGUCUCUGAACCUCAUGAAUGUAGCUAAGCUAAAAAAACCACUAAUAAGCUCAAACGUGUCAGAUAUGCACAUAUUUUUCAGUUGGACUCCAUGUGUUACUGUACUCCAGCCAGAGGUGUUUCUGGAUGAUCAAUCUCAGAGCGUCUUUUAUUCUUUCUUCUGCUGUUAGUGGUGGGUCACACACUUCACCGAGUCCCGGGACCUGAAGGAAACAGACCGGCUGCUUCAGGCACAGGUUAACGCUUUUAAACCAAACAGAGGAGAAGGAGAGUUUGAUCUUCACUCAAUGAAAUCUGACUCUUCAUUCACUCGCGCUCGUGCCCUCGGAGGGAACAAAUGUCAAUACGACAUAAUGGAGCGUACGGACAACUUUCAUUAGCGCUCUCAUCUCGCCUCGCGCUGAUUGACAGUCGGACACUUGGCGUUGCGGCGCGCGCGGCGGCUCCGCGUCUUCAGAGGACCCCCGUCUCGUUUUUGACCAUUUCGAGAGUCCGCAACCCGCCGAGCUGAUAUGCGCAGGGCGGCUUUCCUCUGCCGGUAACCUCAGAAAUACAACAGAGACACUUUCGCGUCGUUCCCAGCCAGCUCUCUUCAGAAACGCGCGGAGAUGGAUCUUACGGGACUCUACCUGCUUCAUCUCAGCUUCGCCGCCCUGCAGGUGAUGCUGUCUGCGGGGAGAGACUGUCUGACGGCGGGAGACACCUGCUCCGGGGACGACACCUGCAGCCCGCGGCUCCGGACCCUGAGGCAGUGCGUCGCCGGGAACGGCAGCAUGAAGCUGGGCCCCGGGGCCCGCAGCCAGUGCGCUAAUGCUGUCUCGGCCCUGCUGUCCAGUCCUCUCCAUGGCUGCCAGUGCAGAAGAGGCAUGAAGAGAGAGAAGAACUGUCUCAGCAUUUACUGGAGUCUCCACCAGUCCGGCAUGCAUGGGCUCAACCUGGUGGAGAACUAUCCGUAUGAAGAGACAGAGAAAGGCUAUGACUUUGUCCGUCUGGCCUCCAUCACCGCAGAUUCUGAGCUGGGCAUGACGACAGUGAACCGCUGCCUGGACGCGGCCAAAGCUUGCAACGUCGACGACGUGUGCCAGAAACUGCGCACCGAGUACGUGUCGACGUGCAUCAAGCCCUCCACCAAGUCGGGUUUGUGCAACCGGUCGAGGUGCAACAAGGCCCUGCGGCGGUUCUUCGACCGCGUGCCUCCGGAGUACACCCACGAGCUGCUCUUCUGCCCCUGCAGCGACAUGGCCUGCUCAGAGAGACGGCGACAGACCAUCGUGCCCAGCUGCUCCUACGAGGGAGAAGAUAAACCCAGCUGCCUUUCCCAGAUGAGGAUCUGUAAGGCCGACUACGUCUGCAGGUCCCGUUUGGCCCAGUUUCAGUACGACUGCCAGCCAGAAGAGCGUUCUGCCAGCGGCUGCAAACAGGGCAACUACGCAGCGUGUCUCAUUGCUUACACUGGACUGAUAGGCAGCCCGAUCACGCCUAACUACGUGGACAACUCCACAUCCGACGUGUCUCCCUGGUGCUCGUGUUCAGCCAGCGGGAACCUGAAAGAUCAGUGCACGGACUUCCUGGACUCUUUCACCAACAACGUCUGUCUCAGGAACGCUCUCCUGACGUUCGGGAACGGACUGGACUUCACGCCCACUCCCACCCGAGCGGCGCGGUUCAGCCCAGCGACGGAGCGAGGGCCGAGGAGGACCGCUGCGUUUGUCACGACGGAGACCGAACAGAGCGCUCUGAGCCCGGCCGGACCCACACAGGACUCUGUGAAGGUGAGGCUUUGGUCCGACUCGACGGCGUCCUUCGACACGCAGCAGAACUCGGCUCGUGUGUUUGGCGCGGCGCCGCUCGUCUGGAUGUGCGUGUUCCUCAGCUUCUCGCUCGGCUGUGAUCAGUAAACAGACUCAAGGCGUUCGGGACAUCUAUUCCGACCGGCCCGUGAUUUUGGACCAAACCGUAGCCCGCUCGGCUCCGGAGCUGGAGAAACUGUCCACGCCGGCCUCAUUUCUCUAACAUCGAAGUCAUCGUGUUAUCUGUUUCUGUGGAAGCGCCGGUUAAACCUCCAGAAUCCGACUUCGCGAGGCACUUUUCUAGAAACGAAUGUGGUCGGUCGAACACAAAGACCCUCGGGAAACCUGCCUGUACAUAUGUACAUAGAGUCACACAGAGUCGACAUGAACCUGUGCUGUUCAUUGAGAGUUUCGGUGUCAAAUCAUAUUUUUGUGGGGCGGGGAGCCAAUUCAAAAGUUUCUAAAGGCCAAAUAACCUUCUAGCACUCCAAAAUCAAUUCCUGGGAGAAAUGAAGCUUUUUCUCCUUUUAUAGUUCCGGAGAUCCCCUCGAGGAAAGCGGCGAUUUAAUAUCAUUCUGUUCAACUCGACUGAAGAGAAGACAUAGGUUAUUUCUGAUCAAUAAGAGAAUGGGAAUGCUUUGGGUGCUCUACCUAAAGCUCAUAAUGUGCUACUGCAAAUAACCGAUUUUGGAGACUAAAGAUUGUUGUGGCAUCUCCGCAGCUGAUUUUCUGCCCGGUACUGUGUGUUUAUGUAUAAUACGAUGUGUUUAUGAGGGGUCCCGGUGGUUCUGGUGGGGAAUAUGAGGGCUGGGAACGUGGUAGGGGAGGCGUUUCCCGCUCCGGCCGCUGCUAAGAAAGCCCUUGAUGUUUAGGAAGGCUGGGAACCUCAUUAUGGAACAUUCUUUGGUUCAUCAUAUGGCACUAAUAAAAGAUGCUGGUUCAUUUAAA